AUGUUAGACUUUGAGUACCGUCGAAACGCCAAUCUCUUGAAGACGGUGCUCGAACACCGGAGGACAAGCUCAGUUUCAAUCGAGCCUCUCUUCGAUACCCUUCUUGAUUCCUUCUCCUUUGCUAUCUCUCUUUUUGCAUCUUCUAACACUCAACCACACCGUGACUCUUCUCAGUGCAAGGCAACCCCCGGGACGGCCCGAAAAUCUUCCAAGAACAAUGAAGAAGAAUGUUUAGAGCAAUACAGCCAUGAUUCACCAACUCCGCUUCUAAACGACGGUUUUAGUUGGAGGAAGUACGGACAAAAGAAAAUCAAAGCCUCUUCCCACCAAAGGUGUUACUACCGUUGCGCCUAUGCCAAAGACCGAAACUGCAACGCUAAGAAGCGGGAGCAACAGAUCCAAGACAGUCCUUCCGUUUAUAGAACAACUUAUGUUGGAAAACACAUCUGUGACGUUAAUGUUUUUUCGGAGCCUGAUGACGAUAUUGCAAACGGUUCCAAGAUGAUUCGGUUCGACAAAAUGGACCAAGCCAUGCCUGACUCGGUUAUGCCUCGACUCGCUCCAGUAGAACAGCAAGCAAUUACAAUCGAAGAAGACACGGACCAAAUCAUGAACCUAGAAUUUGACAUUAACGAGUUUUUGGUGGAUGAUGACCAGUUAUGGGAGUAUCAGUUUCCUUCGUUUUCUCCUGGAUUUUUGGACGAUCUUUCUGAGUUUGAUCACAAUCCUUUCCUCGUUUGAUUGAACAAGCACCCUUUUCAAGCUUCUUCUUAUGUUCACAUUAUCACAUAGAGGGCAGACCAUGUCCUACUAUAAUAUUAGCUUAUAUUUUGGUGUGUGUUAGUUCAUAGUUCGUCAAGCUGUUUUUGCGUCACCCGUUAACGCUGGUGUUGUGACCUAUCUGUUUCAGUUUGAUUCAAAUACUGAAAACAACUACUGUUUUCUUUUCCCUCUAAAUGUCAAUAUUCAUUAUAAUGAAAUUUAAAAUGUCAAUAUUCAUCAUAUAAUUAGUGUUUCCUUGGCAAAAAAAAAAAGAAAAGAAUAAAAAAACAAGGAGAACACAAGGGAAGAUUGGGUUGUUGAUUCACCGAAUCCAUAAAGACACGAGG